UUUUCUCCAUUCUCCCCUCCAUUUUCCUAUCCUUCCCUUCUAUUCCACGCCAAACCCAUCCCUCCCUCUUCCCAUCAUCAUUCCCCCCAAAUCCCCACACAUUCCACCAUGCAUUCCACCGCCCCGCCACCCUCUCCCGCCGAAACCCUAGACUCAACCACCACCCUCCUCUCCACCCUCCUCCCCGCCACCCUAUCCAUCCACUCCUUCCCCGGCCGUUGGCAGGUCAUACGUUCCAAACUGGCUACCCUCAAAACCCUAAUUUCUGAACUCUCUUAUCUCCCUCACUGGUCGGAAAACCAGCUCCUGUUAACACUACUCCCUAACCUCUUAUCCACCCUCCGCCGCAUCCAAACCUUAUGCGACCGCUGCACCGACCCUGCCUACACCGCCGGAAAGCUUCUAAUGCAGAGUGAUCUCGAUAUGGCCACCGGAUGGCUCUCAAACCAGCUUAACGACCUCGAUUUGUUGCUCCGUUCCGGUGUUCUUCGUCAAUCCAACGCUAUUGUUCUCUCACAUCCUGCUCCUGGAUCUGCUAAAGAGGAUUUGAGUUUGUUUAUUCGAGAUGUGUUUACACGGUUGCAGAUCGGAGGUGUGGAGUUUAAACGAAAGGCGUUGGAGUCGCUUAUUCAGUUGCUUGUGGAAGACGAAAAGGCUGCGACGUUAGUUGCUAAGGAAGGUAAUAUUGGAUAUUUGAUUAAUCUGUUUGAUGUGAAUGCUCAUCGGGAACAAUCGGUUACUGCGAUAUCGAUUCUCGCAUGCGCGAGUGAUCAGAGUAGAAAAACGGUUUUCGAAGAAGGCGGAUUAGGUCCGUUAUUGAGAGUUGUUGAAUCCGGAUCCUUACAGUUGAAGGAGAAGGCGACUAUGGCGGUUGAAGCAAUAACAGCAGAUCCUGAUAAUGCGUGGGCGAUUUCGGCCUACGGUGGUGUUCCGAUUCUGUUAGAUGUGUGCAGGUCUAGCUCGUUAACAGCUCAGUCACAUGCGAUUGGUGCGAUUAGGAACGUUGCGUCUGUUGAAGAUAUUCGGAUCUCAAUCGGUGAAGAAGCCGGUGUUCCGGUGAUAGUUGGAUUACUAAUUUCAGGUUCUGCAGCUACGAAAGAGAAAGCGGCUAAUUGCGUCACAAUUUUAGCAUCUUCUAGUGAGUAUUUCAAAGCGGUUAUUAUUCAAGAGAAAGGUUUGCAGAAGCUAUUGCAAUUGCUUCACCAGUCUUCAAAUCCGGAUACGCUAGAACACGUGUUACGCGCAAUUCAUUCUCUUUCGUCUACUGAUUCUGUUAGCCGGUUAAUAUCUGCAUCUUCUAUGUUCAUAUCACAAAUGUCAGGUUUCAUAACGCAAGGAAAUUUCACUCUACAACAAAUAUCCGUCUCAAUUUUAGCUAAUUUAUCGAUUAACGACGGUAACAAACGAGCAAUCGCCGGAUGUAUGGGAUCGUUAAUGAAGCUAAUGGAGUUUACAAAACCGGCCGGUUUACAGGAAUCGGCGUUGAAGGCAUUGGUGAAUCUGUUAACAGUGAAGCUGAAUCGGAAGGAUUUCGUCAAGGAUGAGAAGAAUAUGAUGAGAUUGAUUCAGAUGUUGGAUCCGAUGAACGAAUCGGUGCCGAAGAGGUUUUCUGUGGCGAUUGUUCACGCGGUGAUGACCGGAGGAAGCAACGGUUGCCGGAAAAGGCUAGUGGAUGCCGGUGCUCAAGGUUGUUUACAGCGGUUGAGUGAAAUGGAAGUCGCCGGAGCUAAAAAAGCGUUGCAGAGACUUUCCGGUAACCGGUUAAAGAAUAUAUUUAGCCGGAGUUGGAGGGAAUAAAAAUAAAGUCCACUAAUACCCGCCAGGAAAAAGGAAGCUUGGUUUGGACUCAUCUAACUACUGGACUUGCUAAAGAAGCCAACUACCAAACACAUCUUGGUAAUAAUCUACUUUAUCUGCUGUCUUAAUAUAUAAAAAAAUCCCCCAAAAAAGGAUUUAGUUAUUACACAAAAAAAGAAAAAAAAAACUAUAUAACAACGGUGUGGAUGCGGUUUUUAGGGAGUAUCCUCGUUUUUUUUUCUAUUAGUGAUUUUUGUUUGUUUUUUUAUUGUUUUUGUAUACAUUAGAUGAGGCUACUUGUUUUUAGUGUAAUGGCCAAAUCUGUAGUUAGAAAGUGUGAAUGUGUUAUUGAGUUUGUUUUAUAUAUUAAUACUUACUUUCAUAUUUCAUA